ACGGCGGCCAUGAGGGCGGCGAGCGAGAAGCAGCCGGCGGCGGCGGCGGCCGAGGCGGCGGGCAGCGAUGUCCGCGGGAAUACAUUUUUGUAUGUUGAGCCAUCUAGGAGAGUUAAAGAAAUAAUUGAAGAAGAGUUUUCUUUUUGGAAAGAAGCGUGCCAUGUUAAACAUCCAGCUGCAGUGGAUCUGGAAGGAAUUUGGAGUGUGAAAAAGAAUUUCUCCAUCGGAAGCCUGAAACCACUGAAACGGAACAGUGUACCUUUACAGCCUCAGUUCUACUCAAGGCAUGGAGCAAAGAAAAGUAAGAGUCAAUAA